AUGAUGGCGCGCCUCAGCGGAAUCACUGCUAUUUCUCUCGUGCUAGUUGUUGCGCUCGUUCUCUCACCGUAUGCUUCCACUGCCGUUGUUGCCAAGAAGGCCGAGCCCAAGAAGACUUCCGAUGGGUUUUAUACAUGUGAUGAGGUGAAGAAUAUGCGGAGCAACGGGUAUUGCAAUUCGCCAGAAAACGAGACGCUGGAGCAAUGCAACGCCAGGGUCGACUACUAUAUCAACGACUGCGGAAGACCCGAUCGUACGGCUUGCGUGGUUGAUCAUGGCAUCUUUCUCUUCUCCCUCCUCGCAUUUGCCACCUCCCACAUAACCUCUGAUGGCAUGGCUCUCUUCUAA